AUGAGGGGAACAGAAGUAGGCUCACGGGUGGUAGUGGUGGAAGACUGCCCAUCAGAAGGAGGUUGGGACUCUGUGAAGGAGGAGGUCCUUGUCACCUACAACGGGCAGGAGUGCGCUGGCCUCGUGGAGCAGCACAACCCGCUGAGCGACAAGGUGAAGGUGCUGCUGCCAGAGCAGGGCUUGCAGGCUUGCUGGAAGGCGCAGGAUGUGCGGCCGGCCGCGCUCCAGCCCCCCGCCUUGCCCGUGGCCGGCGGUCCCGGCCCUGCCGAGGCGCUGCAGAGAUCUGUAUCCAGCAAUAUCGAUGUACCCAAGAGGAAGGCUGACACGGCUGUGGAGAUGGACGAGAUGGUGGCAGCCAUGGUGCUGACGAGCCUCUCCUGCAGCCCCGUGGUGCAGAGCCCUCCCGCUGGCGAGAGCGGCAUCCCCCCCUCACGGGCAGCGUGCGAUCCCUGGAAGGAGAGCGGUGACGUCUCGGACAGCGGCAGCAGCACCACCAGUGGGCACUGGAGUGGGGGCAGCGACAUCUCCACCCCUUCGCCCCCCCACCCCGCAGGCAGCCCCAAGUACUCCAGCGAGGCCCUGAGCUCCCCCCAGAUGGACGAUGGCUUCGAGACUGACUCCGACCCCUUUCUCCUUGAUGAACCUGCUCCGCGCAAGAGAAAGAACUCGGUGAAGGUGAUGUACAAGUGCCUGUGGCCGAGCUGCGGCAAGGUCCUGCGCUCCAUCGUCGGCAUCAAGCGGCACGUCAAGACCCAGCACCUCGGGGACAGUGCAGACUCUGACCAGCGGAAGCGGGAGGAGGAUUUCUACUACACCGAAGUGCAGGUGAAGGAAGAGCCGGCGCCGGAGGCAGCCGCCGCCACCAGCCCCACGUCCGCAUCCGCCCCCAUCAUCAUCCAGCCAGCCCUGGCGAAGCCGGAGGCACUGCUGGUGGAGCAGCCGGUGCUGGAGCCCACCCUGGCCAGCAGCGCCCUGAGCCAGUCUGCCCCCAGCUCCUUCUGGCACAUCCAGGCUGAUCACGCCUACCAGGCGUUGCCCUCGAUCCAAAUUCCAGUCCCCCACAUCUUCACCAGCAUCAGCUGGGCCACUGCCACUUCAACUCUCCCGUCCCUAUCACCGGUGCGGAGCCGGUCGCUCAGCUUCAGCGCCCAGCCACCGACGCCGAUGCUCAAGUCCCACUUGAUCGUCGCCUCGCCGCCCAGGGUGUCCAUCGGCACCAGGAAAGUCCGUGGUGAAGCCAAAAAGUGCCGUAAGGUGUACGGCAUCGAGCACCGGGACCAGUGGUGCACGGCCUGCCGGUGGAAAAAAGCCUGCCAGCGCUUCCUGGACUGA